CUGAAAUGUUGGCUGCUCGAUGAAAUGUACACUUCAUAUCGAUGAUAAAUACAGCAAUAAAAUAUAAAAAUGAUAUUUCUGUCAACAACUUGAAAUGCGCAAAACUUUAUUAAAAUUAUGUAUUAUAAUUUUGUAUGCGACUACUGGAGGCAGAAAAUGGCCUAACCCGCUGGAUGACAAAGUAAUAUAUGUAAGCAAUCCUAUUGAAGCUGAUCUUCCUAGUCAUUGGAUACCAUUGAGCAUCAUAAAACGUGUAAUAGAAAUGCGCGUGCCGAGAACAAGUGCAGCCUACACACAAAAGGAUAAAAAGAUAAAAUUGAAAUACAUAUUGAGUGGUACCAAAUUAAUCCCGAAGUAUAAAAUAACACCAAAAGUACCUAAACAUCAUGAAAAACAGCCUCUAUUUUUAAUACUCGGGCAAUCUACAACUAAAGCAAAAGAAAUAGGCACUGCUACUUCUCGAACAAUUACACUUAUUAAAGAGAAUACAACACAAACUCCAGAGGGUUCAGCCGACUAUAUAAGUAAGAGCAAUGACUUGAAUGCUGGGUUGAUAAGUUCUGAAAGUCUAGCAGCGCUAACGGUUACUAAUUCAAAAAUAUCAAACUUUAAUAAUACGAGCGUAGUUGUAACGGAAUCUACAAAACCUAUUUUAUUUGAAACAAACACAGAAACUACAUUGUGUACAUCACCUGUCACCUCUUCAACUAUUAUACCGUCUUCGGCAAUUACUGCACCUAAAAUAACUAAAGUAACUCUCAAUCCAACACCCAUAAUGUCUACAGCAAUAACUUUAGAAACUAGUGCAAUAACAAUCACUUCAACUAGUUCACCAACGGCAAUUACGACAACUACUACAUUGUCAUCUUCACCACAAACAACAUUAACAACUACACUUUCAAAGUUGAGUGCAACUAAAUUUCAAUCAUCAACAUCAAUGAUAUCUUUAACUACUACAAAGACUAUUGCAACUUCAACUACAUCUUCGACAAAAACGACUCCACAAUCGACAUCCACAACGACGGAAUCAGAAGACUCAGGUGAUCCGUUCUAUUAGUAUUAAUAAAAUUUUAAUAUUUU